AUGUUAACCAGGAAAUGCCUCUAUGUCUAUCAGAGUCUUCGGAAAAAUAUCUGCCGACUGCUAAGUAAUAGAACCCAACGUGUAGAAGUUGAUCGUCAGACUAUCGAUAGUUAUCUUCCUCCAGAAUUGCAUGUAAUGCACAGGAUUUCAUAUUUCCUUCACGAUGCUAAGCGUUUUAUUCUAAAAAAUCGACAGAUAGUUGAUCAAGCCCUACUGCAGGCCUAUUGUGUAGGACUUAUAUUCAUACCCCGAACCGCAAUACUCCGCAAAGGUGCAGAGUUGCAAACCCUCGAAGGUCAUUCAGAUUCGGUUUUGUCGGUGACCUUCUCCCCUAACGGCCACGUACUAUCGUCUAGCUCUAGUGACCGGACAGACCUAGCGACGGGUAUACAUACGCAGACCUUAGAAGGCUAUUCAGGUUCCGUUCAGUCAGUAGUUUUCUCGCCUAAUGGCCGACUGCUAGCCUCUGGCUCUAAAGACCGGACAGUGCGCCUCUGGGAUAUGGCUACUGCGUCUGGUUCUGUUGAUUGGAUAGUGCACCUCUGGGACUUGGCGACACGCGCACUACAGCAAACUAUUGAUGGCCAUAUAACGUUGAGUUUCGGCGAGUCGACAGCCUCUGAAUCGGUAGCCUUUUCACCCGACAGCCAGCUACUAGCGUCCUGCUCUGCUAAUGAAACAGUACGCCUUUGGGACCCAGCGGCAGGCGGACUCACCCAAAUCCUCGACGGCGAUGACUCUGAGGCUCCUGUCCAAAUCAUGUCCUUCUCACCCGACGGCCGUUUCCGGGCUUCCGGCUCAUACGAGAGUCCAGUAACUCUCAAUGGCCAUUCCCGUCCGCUAAAUUCGUUGACCUUUUCGCCCGAUAGUCGGCUACUGGUGUCCUGCUCUGCUGAUAAAACAGCGCACCUGUGGAACUUGGUGAUAGGUGCAGUACAGCAGACUAUUAAUGGCCACUUAGAUUCGAUUAACUCGGUGGCAUUCUCGCCUAAUGGUCGACUGCUAGCGUCCUGUUCCGAUGAUGAGACAGUACGCCUCUGGGACCUUGCAACGUGCGCACUUCAGCAAACUCUCGAAGGCUAUUCGGAUCCAGUCAAUUGGGGGCUUAAUUUAGAUAACGGAUUUCGGUCUGCAUAUAGUCUAUCGUGGUCUCAGGUUCAAAUCUGGAGGAUCUCGUGUCGUGCAACACGAUAA